GCCGCCGCCACCGCGGCCAUGGAGGGAACCGGGACGGGGCGCUGUGAGCGCCUGACUGCGGCCGAGAUGGACGAGCAGAGGAGACAGAACGUUGCCUACCAGUACCUCUGUCACCUGGAGGAAGCCAAGCGCUGGAUGGAGGCCUGCCUGGGUGAGGGGCUGCCUCCCCCCACUGAGCUGGAGGAGACCCUGCGCAACGGGGUCCUCCUGGCCAAGCUGGGCCACUGCUUCGCCCCGGCUGUGGUCCCGCUGAAGAAGAUCUAUGAUUGUGAGCAGACUCGGUACAAGGCAGCUGGGCUUCACUUUCGGCACACGGAUAACAUCAACUACUGGCGUGAUGCCAUGAGCCAUGUGGGCCUUCCCUCGAUCUUCCACCCAGAGACCACCGACAUCUAUGACAAGAAGAACAUGCCCCGGGUGGUCUACUGCAUCCACGCACUCAGCUUGUACCUCUUCAAGCUGGGGCUGGCUCCUCAGAUCCAGGACCUGUAUGGCAAAGUGAAUUUCACAGAGGAGGAGAUCAACAACAUGAAGCGUGAGCUGGAGAAGUACGGGCUGCAGUUGCCUGCCUUCAGCAAGAUCGGUGGCAUUUUGGCCAAUGAGCUCUCAGUGGAUGAAGCAGCAGUCCACGCCGCAGUGCUGGCGAUCAACGAAGCUGUGGAUCGGGGGGUGGUGGCCCAGACGAUGGAGACCCUCCGCAACCCCAGCGCGAUGCUGCAGGACCUGCGUGGGGAGCUGGCAGGUGCCUACCAGGAGGUGCUGCACCGGGCAAAGCUGGAGAAGGGCAGCAAUGCCAGGAACAGGUAUCUGCAGGUGAUCCCUGAGGGAGAGGAUGUCUAUGACCGGUGUCUGACCCAGGCUGAAAUCCAGGGGAACAUCAACAAAGUGAACGUGCACGGGGCUCUGGAGGAGGUGGACGAUGCCCUGCAGACACAGGAUGUGCCAGCACUGCACCGGGCGCUGCAGGACCCCGUCCUGGCCCUGCGCUGCCUCCAGCGUGACAACCUCCAGCUCUACUUGGAGCAGCUCAGCAUGGACCGGGAGCAGAAGGCACUGGACCUGGGCUACCUGGAGAUGCUGGACCAGAAGGAGGUGCAGGCAGGGAUCCUCACAGCCAACAGGAGGGGCGAGGAGGAGCGAGCCAUGCUGCUGGCUGUCAGCCGGAUCAACGCCGCCAUCCGCCGAGGGAUGCUGGCUGAAACCUUGGAAGCGCUGACGGACCCUGCGGCGCAGCUGCCCGAUGUGCACCCCUCUGCUGCCCCCCUGUACCAGCGCCAGCUGGCCCUGCUGCAGCGCCAGCACCCACAGGGUGAGCUGGCACAGGAGGAGCUGUUCGUGGCUGUGGAGAUGCUCUCGGCUGUGGCGCUGGUCAACCAAGCCCUGGAUGUCGGGGAUCCCGACGGGCUCUGGAGCAGCCUGGUCAGCCCUGCCCUGGGCCUCUCGGGAGUUGAGGAUGCAAAUGCACAACGGUACUUUGAGGACUUGCAGCAGCUGAAAGGCCAACCUAGGGAAGCGGGAGCUGAAUUCCUGAGCUGGAAUGAUAUUCAGGACAGUGUGAACAGCACCAAUUCAUUGGUGCAGGAUGAAAAUGACAGAGUCCACGCGGUCAGGCUGGUCAAUGAGGCGCUGCUGCAGGCAGACCCCGAGAAGACGCUGGCGGCGCUGCUGCUGCUGGAGGCUGCCCUACCCGACAUCGCCCUCCCAACCGCCCAGCGCUACCACGACGUCCUGUCCCGGGCACGGAGGCAGAAAGCCCAGGCCAUGGGGGAUGACGGAGCUGUGCUUUGGUGGGAAGAGAUCCAGGAAGGGGUCUGCCGGGCUAACCAGGACACAGUGGCAGCCAGAAGGAUGGCUCUGGGCAUUGCUGCCAUCAACCAGGCCAUCAAGGAAGGGAAGGCGGCGCAGACGCUGCGGGUGCUGCGCAACCCUGACGUGGCCCUGUGUGGUGUGGUGAGCGCCUGUGCUGGUGCCUACCAGGAGCAGCUGGCGGCUCUGGUGGCCACCAAGAGACCGGCAGGGAGUGAGAAGCUGUACUGGAUCCGGCACAGGCUGCCAGACGGUGCCGAGUACUACCUGAGCCUGAAGACCUUUGAGGGCAGCUGGCAGUGCCCACACGACGGCGGCCUCAACACCACACACCUGAGCCGGGAGGAGAUCCAGUUGGUUGUCACCCGAGUGACGGCAGCGCACGACCGGGAGUGCCUGUGGGCAUCCAACACCGCCUUCGUGGUGAGGCUGCAGGCUCGGAUCCGGGGCUUCCUUGUUCGCCGGGAGUUCGCGGCACGACGGCACAUCCUGCGGGAGCAGCAGCCGGCUGCCGUCAGGAUCCAGGCUUGUUGGAGGGGGUACAAGCAGCGCAGAGCUUACCUGGAGAGGCUGUGUUACCUGCGAGCCAACGCAGAGGCUGCAAUCAAGAUCCAGGCGGGUGUGAGGAUGUGGCAGGCUCGGAGGAAGUACCAGGAGAGGCUGCGCUACUUCAGGCAGAAUAUUAAAGCUGUAAUUAAAAUCCAGGCUUUUGUGCGAGCGAACAAGGCCCGUGGGGAUUACAGGAUGCUGGUCCAUGCCAGGAGGCCACCACUGAGCAUCGUCCGGCGCUUCAUCCACUUGCUGGAGCAGAGCCAGCAUGACUUCUGGGAGGAGUCAGAGGUGCUGCGGCUGCAGGAGGAGGUGGUGAAGAGGAUCCGCGCCAGCCGGCGACUGGAGAGUGACCUGGACCUCAUGGACAUCAAGAUCGGGCUGCUGGUCAAGAACAGGAUCACGCUGCAGGAGGUGGUCUCCCACUGCAAGAAGCUGACAAAGAAGAACAAGGAGCAGCUCUCAGAGAUGAUGUCCAUAGACAAGCAGAAGGGGCUCAAGUCACUCAGCAAGGAGAAGCGGCAGAAGCUGGAGGCCUACCAGCACCUCUUCUACCUGCUGCAGACACAGCCAGUCUACUUGGCCAGGCUGAUCUUCCAGAUGCCCCAGAACAAGUCCACCAAAUUCAUGGAGUCAGUAAUCUUCACGCUUUACAACUACGCAUCCAACCCGCGGGAGGCUUAUCUGCUGCUCCAGCUCUUCAAAGUGGCGCUGCAGGAGGAGGUCAGGUCCAAGGUGGACCAUGUCCAUGACAUCCUGAUGGGGAAUGCCACGGUGAUCCGGCUGGUGGUCAGCUUCUACCGCAACGCGCGUGGGCAGAACGCUCUGCGGCAGAUCCUGAGCGGCCCAGUGCAGGAGGUCCUGCAGGACAAGGCCCUUGGCAUCCGUACCAACCCUGUGGACAUCUACAAGGCGUGGAUCAACCAGGCUGAGUCACAGAGUGGGCAGAGAAGCAAGUUCCCAUAUGAGGUCAGCCCUGAGCAGGCUCUCAGCCACCCUGAGGUCCAAAGGCGGCUAGAUAUUUCUAUCCAAAACCUCCUGGCAAUGACAGACAAGUUCGUCUCUGCCAUCACCUCUUCCGUUGACAAGAUCCCCUAUGGCAUGCGCUACAUGGCCAAAAUCCUGAGGACAUCUUUGAUUGAGAAAUUCCCCAAGGCCCCGGCAGAGGAAAUCGAUAAGAUUGUGGGCAACCUGCUCUACUACCGCUUCAUGAACCCGGCUGUGGUGGCCCCUGAUGGCUUUGACAUCGUGGACAUCUCGGCUGGGGCGACCCUGCACCCCGAGCAGCGCCGCAGCCUGGGCUCCAUCGCCAAAGUGCUGCAGCACGCAGCCGCCCGCAAGGCCUUCGACGGGGAGAACGCGCAUCUCUGCGGGGUGAACCAGUACCUGGAGGACACCCACAACAAGUUCAGGAGGUUCAUCUCUGCUGCCUGCUGUGUCCCUGAACCAGAAGAGAGGUUUAAUAUGGAUGAGUACUCAGAGAUGGUGGCGGUGGCCAAACCAGUCAUCUACAUCACUGUGGGGGAGCUCAUCAACACACACAAGCUCCUGCUCGAGCACCAGGACUCCAUCGCACCGCAUCAUGGAGAUCCUCUGCACGAGCUCCUGGAGGAUCUUGAUGAGAUUCCUACAGUCCAGUCCCUGGUUGGGGAAAGUGUUGCCAGCCUGGCAGACAGUGGUGCUGAGCAGGUGCUCUCUCAGCUCAGCAGAACAGAGAUCUCCCUUACCCUCACUGGCAAGCUGCUGCCAGCGGCCAGCAGUGAGGAGAGUGACACGAGGAGCUUGCUGCUGAGCACCAAGCAGAUGCUGGUGGAUGUGAUCCAGUCCCAGUCAGGAGAUUCCCUCCCAGAAAUCCUGUGGACACAAGCCUUGGAGCACGAGGAAGCUGCCCACGACCGUCUCGUGCACAGGCGAGCGCUGCAGGAUGCUCAGACCCCCACCCAGCUGAAGUGGCACCGCUCCCUGGCUGCCAACGGUCAACUCUCCAUGGAGGAGAAGAAGCGCAAGAUCAUCCGUAACCUGCGGCACUUGGAGAGCCUGGGGCUGGUGGACUCUGCCCACCAGUACCAGGAGCUCAUUGAUGCGCUGGCCAAGGACAUCCGGAACCAGCGGCGCCACCGGCAGCACCGCCGCGCGGAGCUCCUGAAGCUGAGGCAGACCCUGCACAGCCUCGAUGCCAAGACCUUAUUUUAUGAGGAGCAAAUUGAUUAUUACAACCAGUACAUCAAGACCUGCCUCGACAACCUGGCAGCCAGCAACAAGGUCAGCAGGAAGAGUAAGAAGCUGCCGUCGCUGCACUACACGGCGGCCCGGCUGUUGGAGAAGGGAGUGCUGCUGGAGAUCCAGGACCUGCCACCCAGCCAGUUCAAGAAUGUGAUUUUUGACAUCAUCCCCUGUGAGGAAUCGGGCAAGUUCCAGGUGAAAGCCAAAUUCAUGGGAAUUGACAUGGAGCACUUCCAGCUGCACUACCAGGACCUGCUGCAGCUGCAGUACGAGGGCGUAGCAGUCAUGAAGAUGUUUGGUAAGGCCAAGGUCAACGUUAACCUGCUCAUUUUCCUCCUCAACAAGAAGUUCUUCAAGAAGUAA